AUGUUUACAAAAUCCAAUGACCGGGAAAAACCUGAUGAUGUCAAUAUGAACCUCGACUAUGCGCACGCUCACGUUCCAGCCUCAGGAUCGACUCUGCUCCCGCGACCAGUCGCGUCGUUGAUAUCUUUGAUUACCCAGUCAACCUCGCUAUCGUUGCGACUAGGCACAUUCUUUGGCGGGGCGGCCCUGGAUGGCGCGCGAGCCACGACUCUGACCAGCUUGGAACUAAGCCGGGCUUUGGUCGAGGGAAUCUUGACGAGGGCAGGACGAGAUGUCGCUAUUCGUAGUGGCGAUGAACAUGGUAGGACAGAAGCUGAGUCUCUUCUCGAGCGAAGUUUGGCGACGCUCCACACGACGGUGACCUCGGCAUCUUUUUUCGCCGCAGCGACAUUUCAUUUCUCGUCGACCACUUUAUCUUCGGUUGCAAAUCUCUCGCAGGCACUUCUGUCUACUUUGGAUGCCAUUCUUGGAUCCACCGAGUCUUCAAGGGCCAUCGCGGCUAUCAUCACGCUGAUUCGACGUGAGUUUAGAUCUGUUGACCCCGGCGCAAGUACCGAGAAUAUCGGUGUCGGAGACCUCCUCAUUGGCUCUCUAGGCUUCGCACUAUUGCAGCGUUGGGGUAAGAAGAAUACCGAAAGACAUCUGCGCCAAAAUGGCGGAGAUGAGAUUGUUUGGGAUGUUGUCAUUCUGGACAACGGCGCAAGAGCAGACGUGAUCGGAUCCCAUCAACUGCAAUUCCCCGAGCGCAAUGAUGAAGAGUUGGUAGAGCCUGGCAGUUCUUCAUUCGUGAUGCCUGGAAAUGGCGAGGAAGCCUUUGAUGCAGUUCGACGGUCGAGCGUGUCUGAUUCAUUUGGGCAUCGUCUCUCUAGUCCGUUGGAUGGUCAGCAGCAAGUAUCCGAUGAGGAUAUCCGCGCUUAUAUUAUGAGUCAACUUCCUCAGGGUUGUCACGCAUCUAUCAAAUCGGAAGCCCUGACGGCGCGAACGAUCACAGUCGAUAUCUACGAUGAUGAUAUAGCAGAGAUCGCCGCCCCUCCAGGAACGAAACUGAUAGAAGAGAGAUUCCACCAUGAUCAUAAUUACGAGGAUAGCAAUAUGGCUGAUGGCCAGCGACGGUGUCCAAGGCAUACAGUGGUGUUUAGGACAGCCUUCAAUAAAUCCCAGAGCACUCAGCUGCGACCCUAUGACGGCUCUGGAAAUUUCGCCCUACCUGAGCCUGGUCAUCAUAAACGAGCAUUGCCGGGUAAUACAUUGUCCAAUAGUCCGGUGAAGUCUCAUCAUGAUCAGUCGCGUUCACAUCUCGAUGCCACACAGGGCACUGCUCCCAAACACCGUGGAACAACUCCCAACUCGCCGAAUGAACCUCCCAAGUCUGCACUUAGCAAAGGCUCAUUCACGAAAUUUGCACAAAAGGUUAAGCCAUCUGUUCUAGAAAGAAGUGAGGCCAAGCGCCCGCCGGGAAAGAAGCCAUCUAUAGACUCAUCCGGGCCCUCGGGGAUCUCAAGUCCUCGUCUUCCUCCCAGGCCUACAAAAGGAACAGCGUCUGUAAAGGAAGCGACUGCGCGAGAGGUCUCCAGCAGACCCGCUCCCACAAAGAGACAAACCGAACCUCCGAACUAUCGACCGACAACCCCUGUCCCGAAUCGGGGCUUACGAAGGUCGCCCUUCCCAAACUCCCCCCAAAAACAGUCGCCACAGUCGCAGACGAAACACGCCCCAUCUCACGAAAUGCAUGCUUCUAGGGGCCCAAGAGGGGGCCAUUUCGCGGUGCGAGAGAAGAGCCAAGAGUCACUCCUCACUCAAACUGACACAUUCUUUUCACGCCGUGGUGCUGGUAUGCGUUCUGGAUCGCCUGUCCAGACUCACGUUCGCAGCAGCAGCUCCAUGUCUGUGACAAGAUCGGAAGCAGACGGGACUUUGUCUGCCAAUGAUAACCGCCCCAGCUCGUCAGCUAUGCAUCGCAGAUCCCAAUCAUUCACCCCCAGCCUGUAUUCCCUAGCGACUGCAGGGUCUGAGACGUCCCUGCUGCUCGCGCACCGGCCUCGCAAAAGUGCAUAUGAAGAUAUGGAAACCAUUCAGGCACUCAAUCGCGAUGGCUCUGUUCCAGGGAUCUUUCCAGAGAGACACUUCGUGCAAAACAUUCGCCGGUUCUCCCGGUUCUCCUCUGCCUCAUAUGGGUCGAAUGCGCUCACCGUCAUGGGUGUUCCUAGUGGCUCGAAGAAUCUACCUAAUACCAAGUCGGACGGCCACGAGCACAGUGCGUUCUCGGAGAAUGCGGGCCUUCCACCCUCUACGAUCCUCCUAUCGUCGUUCGUCGAUCCAGCCGGUGGCUCGAACGCAGCUGGUGAGACAGAGACAGGCUUCCCAUUGGUCCACUAUCUUUCUAUCGACCAUGACUCCAAAGCCGUGGUUCUGACUCUACGAGGAACAUGGGGCUUCGAGGACAUCCUCACAGACAUGACCUGCGACUACGACGACCUCGAAUGGCAAGGCAAAAGCUGGAAGGUGCACAAAGGCAUGCACGCCUCAGCCAAGCGGCUCCUAGAGGGCGGCGGCGGCCGAGUCAUGAUCACCCUACGUGCGGCACUAGAAGAAUUCCAAGACUACGGCAUAGUCCUAUGCGGGCACUCGCUCGGCGGAGGCGUCGCAGCCCUUCUCGCAACGAUGAUUUCAGAACCCAACCCAUCCACAACAGGCACAUCCUUCGUAACAGCCUCAUAUCAACCUGCCACCCGUCCCCGCCUCUUGACCGCAGAUAUCAACCCCAACCCCAGCAUCCCAGACCCCAGCCCACCAACCUACACCCUUCCAGCGAACCGGCCAAUCCAUGUCUACGCCUACGGCCCCCCAGCCGUGAUGUCCCCUUUCCUCCGCCUCGCCACGCGAGGCCUAAUAACAACAAUCGUCAAUGGCUCGGACAUAGUCCCCAGUCUGUCGCUAGGCAUCCUACACGACAUGCACACAGCGUCAUUAUCCUUCAAGGACGAUGCCACGGGUGCCAAAGCGCACAUCCGCCAGCGGGUGAGCCAUUCCCUCCGCCAAAGCAUUAUUCACAAAUUCUAUGUCAACCAGCCCCCGCUAGUCGUGAACGCGGGCGAUGGCGUCGGUGAAGACGCCUGGGCCUGGAAGACGCUAAAACUGCUACGGGAUGAGAUGCGUGCGCCGAAACUCAUGCCUCCCGGUGAGGUUUUUGUCGUUGAGACGAUGCGGGUUCUGCAGCGGGAUGCGUUUACGGCGCCGGAGCUUGGGGUCGACGGUUAUCCGCGUCUUGGGAGGCCUGCGACUCGCGUGCAGAUUCGGUUCAUUCGGGACGUUGAUGCUUGGUUUGGCGAGUUGCGCUUUGCUGGUGGCAUGUUGAGUGAUCAUAAUCCUGCGCGGUAUGAGACUAGUCUUGCUGCGUUGGCGAGGGGGGUUUUUGGAUGA